AUGAUUUGCAAACAGGCGCAGUAUCCCGCCAUCCCGGUGGAUCGGAUACUGGGAGCGCCCUAUGGGGCCGUGCUCAGGCGGGAUUUGUCGGGGGCCUGGGAGCGGAAACGUCGAGGCACCGAGAUGGCUGAUGACGAGAAGCCCGAGGUGCAGGAGAACAACCAGCACCUGUCCCAGGACAACUCCGCGCAGUCGCUGACGCCGGAUGAGGUGCGCGACCUCAAGAGAUCGUGCGAUGGCGAGGCUGUAGUGGAGGCGUUGGCGUCGAACAGCGCCACCUUUGCCUCCAAGACCAAGUUUGCGCAGGAGAAGUAUCUCAAGAAGAAGGCGCAGAAGCACGUGCAACAGGUCACGCUGCUUCGGCCGACGGUGAUGGAGCUCUGCGAGACCUACUACCGCCAAUCACGUGCCAAGGUUUGCGGACUCCGCUACGACUACUUGUCAUCCUUGCUGUGCCAUGCCGACGUGCGAAGCGGCGCUCGCUUCUUGGUGCUGGAUAAUGCGGCCGGCUUGGUGACGGGCGCCAUGGCCACACAACUGGGCGGUGUGGGGCAGAUUUUUCGGGUCUUCCGCGGAGGCUGCCCGGAGAAGGGCCUCCUCGAGCUGGAUCUGAGCGAGGCAGAGAAGGCCGCCGUGCGGCCCGUGGCCCUGGAGGCUCUACAUGCCACUGACCUCAGCACAUGUGAGUGGCUCCGCGCAACGCAAGGCGACGAGGUCCCGAGCGAUCCAGCAGUCGCGAGCCGCCAGGAGGCACGCCUCGCGCGCGUGCGCCAGCGCCGCGAGUCGGUGGAGGCGCUGAAGGCUCAGCCGGUGGACGGCCUCGUCAUCGUUGCCGGUGACGACGACGCAGAGCUCGCUGCUGAGGUGGUGGAGGUCGGCCUGGCGAACCUCGCCCCAAGCGGCCGCGUCGCGAUGUUCGGCCAUCACCUGCAGCCGCUUGCAGCUCUGCAGGGCACCUGGCGCAACUCGGGCAGCUUCGUGGACGUCCGGCUGGAGCAGCUCUUCACCCGCGAAUACCAGGUUCUACCUGCGCGGACACAUCCGCACAUGGUGGCCGAGGCGCAGCUGUGUGAGGGCUACAUCCUCAGCGCCAGCAAGGUGGCAGAGGGCGACGGAGGCCAGGAGCCUGCGCUCAAAAGACAGAGGACUGCGUGA